AUGACGAUUCUCCUCACCGGCGGCAGCGGCUUGCGUCAAGGGCCUGAUGCUGCGUCUCAUGGUUACUCCACCGUCAAAUUUGACAUUGGCGAUGAGUCGACCUGGACGGAGCCAUUCGAGAAUACACAAAUCGAAGCCGUCUACCUGAUGGAGCCCCGUAUCAGCGAGCCUUGGGUGCCCAUGAACAAGUUCGUGGAUCUUGCCAAGAAGCAAGGCGUCAAGCGUUUCGUUUUGUGCGCUGGAACGUCGGCUGUAAUUGGCAAAGACGGAAUGGGCAGAGCUUGGGAGCAUUUUAUUGAGUUAAGUGUUGACUAUUGCGUGCUUCGCCCGUCUUGGUUUAUGGAUGAGAAGUCCUAUAACCAUGACUUCAGGGUUCUCGGGCCUGAGAUCUUGACUUACGAUCCAAUUGCCGAGAAGCUUUCUAAAGCUCUCGGCCGCAAGAUCGAGCACGUAAAGCUCGACGAAGCUAGCCGGAUUAACGGCCUGGUCCAAGCCGGUCUGUCUGACUACUUUGCUCGAUUUUUUACUCGCCUAGAGGUCUCGGCUUCCAAGAACUCUGAGAUGGCAAUAGGGGAUGUCGUUGAAUGGGGUGACAGGUCACACUCCAAGAAGCCUCGAGAAGUUCGCCGAAGAGAACAAGUCUGUUUGGCCCACCAACUAGUUCCUCGGUGGCUUGGUUUUGAGUGA